AUGUUCGAGUUCGGUUUCAACGAGUGGGAUGACAAGAAGUCUGGGGAUGAUGGGAUUUGCUGGAGUCAGCAAUGGCCAUUGAUGAAUGAUGAUGUACUACGGGAGAACACAGAGUUCGCGUGGCGGGUGGUCAGGCAUGACUGCAUCCCCAGCGCUGUCACGCAAAUUGACGUUCCGGUUCGUGCUGAGAGUGGCGCUCUUGUUCUAGACGGCGAGGGGACCUUGCUUAUCACGAAGAGUAGUGUUUUCUGCGACAAGCGAAACCCAGGAAUGACCAAGGGUAAUAUUGAAGCUGAAUUGAAGCGACUGCUGGGUAUCAAGAAAGUGAUUUGUUUCCCUGGUCGGCGCAAUAUGGACAUUACCGAUGUACACAUGGAUGCGGAGGCGAGGGUCGUGCAUCGUCAUAAAAUUGCACACUUGAAACCUCACGCCAUUGCCAUCGACCUGUGGCAGGAGUUGGCUGCCGAGAUCCGCGAGGUUCUGGGCCGUGAGACGGACGCUAAGGGACGGCGCUUGCAGAUCCACCGUAUUGAGGAACCGGACCCACGAGGCUUGGUGAUGUCUGAUCACGAUGAGCUGUCGGCGAGCUAUGUCAACAUUUAUUUAGUGAAUGGUUGUGUCGUUAUUUCUCAGUUCGGUGAUGAAGAGAGAGAUCAGAAUGCACUGGAGAUUCUGCAGGGCGUUGCCUUUGGGCGGGUGAUCAGGCAGGUGAAUGCUAGUGCAAUCCCCCUUACUGGUGGAGUGCUGCACUGCGUCGCUUAG